CAAAGGAAAAUCUGAGACCAAACAAAUGGACUACGAGGUUGUUGGUCUGAUAAUUGCCCUACUGCUUUGGGUUUUGUGGGCAAUGGUGACGGAGCGCUGCCAUCGUCGCUUGGAGGAGCGAGGACGGUUGCCGCCAGGGCCACGUUGGUGGCCUGUGGUAGGAAAUAUAUUCCAACUGAGUUGGACUCCGCACAAGUCGUUCGCCAACUUGGCUCGUGAGUACGGUCCAAUAAUGACUCUUUGGCUUGGCUCCAUGUGUACAGUGGUGAUCUCAUCAGACGAAGUGGCUCGCGAAAUGUUCAAGAACCAUGACGUCGUUCUUGCAGGAAGAAAGAUUUAUGAGGCCAUGAAGGGCGACUAUAGCAACGAAGGCUCGAUAAUCACAGCUCAAUACGGUCCUCACUGGCGCAUGUUGAGGCGCCUUUCCACCACCGAGUUCUUUGUUGCUAGGCGCUUAGACGCCACGGAAAGCGUCCGGAGCAGGUGCGUCGAUAGGAUGGUGCGAUUCAUAGAGGAUGCAGGAGAGUCCGGCACCAAGUCCAUUGAUGUUGGGAGAUUCUUCUUCUUGAUGGCUUUCAAUCUCAUCGGCAAUCUCAUGUUCUCCAAAGACCUCUUGGAUCCGAAGUCAAAGAGAGGGGCCAAAUUUUUUUACCAUGCCGGUAAGGUGAUGGAGUUGGCCGGGAAGCCGAAUUUGGCGGACUUCUUACCGAUUUUGAGAUGGCUAGAUCCACAAGGAAUACGAAGGAAUACGCAAUUCCACGUCGAACGAGCGUUUGAAAUAGCGGGGCAGUUCAUCAAAGAAAGAAUGGAGAGCAUGAGAGAAGGUGAAGUUGCAGAAGAUAGGAGGAAGGACUUCUUAGACGUGUUGUUGGAGUUCCGUGGUGAUGGUGCAGAGGAGCCUUCAAAGUUUUCUUCAAGAACCAUCAAUGUCAUCGUCUUCGAAAUGUUCACCGCGGGGACGGACACCACUACAAGCACACUUGAAUGGGCGAUGGCUGAGCUACUCCACAACCCCCAUACCCUCGCCAAAGUCCAAUCUGAGUUGAGAAGCACCAUUGGCUUGAACCGAAAAUUCGAAGAAAAGGAUGUUGAAAUCCUUCCUUACCUCAAAGCAGUCAUCAAAGAAACCCUAAGGCUUCAUCCACCCCUACCAUUCUUGGUCCCGCACAUGGCCAUGAGCUCUUGCAAGAUGCUUGGCUACUACAUACCCAAAGAGACCCAAGUUCUAGUCAACGUGUGGGCGAUUGGAAGAGACCCCAAGACAUGGAAAGACCCUAUGAAGUUCAAGCCGGAGAGAUUCUUGGAGCCAAACACGGCAGAUUACAAGGGACACCAUUUCGAGUUCAUUCCAUUCGGAUCAGGGCGUAGAAUGUGCCCUGCUGUGCCGCUCGCCUCUCGAGUGCUUCCAUUGGCGUUGGGGUCUCUGUUGCAUGCAUUCGAUUGGGUUUUAGCAGGCGGCACGAAGCCGGAGGAGAUGGACAUGAGUGAAAGGAUGGGUAUCACAUUAAGGAAAGCCGUUCCAUUAAAGGCAAUACCUAUUCCACAUGGAGGACAUAAUAAUCAGAGCGGUGGUCAUAUUUGAGUUGGAAACAUGUGAGUUGGUGAACUUUUCUUCGUAAAAGUGAUGGAUGAAACAUAUAAGGUCCUUUUAUUGUGGAGUUACUAGAAUGAAGAGGAAUACUAGGUAAUUCCUUUGUCCUAUUUCAACUUCACCGUAGAAGUUGAAACAUAUGUUUGUAUUUGAUUGU